CAUUGUAAAUUCUUUUGUAGGAACUUAUUUAUCUAUAAUGAUGAAUAACCCAUGUGCCUUCAUUUUACUUAUGUAUUUAUGUUUUGUAAAUAUAUCAGCUCAACUGCGUUGGCCACCUCCAUUAACAUGUUCAUCAUCGGUGAAAUUUGUUUGCGGAGAAGAUGGCAAAUCAUACCGUAAUGCCUGUUUUGCAAGAAGAGCAAAUACUAGAAUAGAGUGUAAUACGAAAUGCCCUUGCAAAUCUACAUGUACAACAUCAUGCUCAAAUACUUACCAACCAGUUUGCGAUAGAGAUGGAAAAACAUUUUUUAACGAAUGCUAUGCAAGAUGUGCAUUUGCUACAGUGAAGUGUCAAAAUCGAUGUCCGUGCAAGUCAUCUUGCAAAUCAUUUUGUAAAGACAAUUACAAACCAGUGUGUGGAAGCGACGGAAUAUCCUACAACAACGAAUGUUUGGCUAGAUGUGCAGGUGUGACCAUUAAAUGUGACAAACCCUGCCCAUGUGAUCAAACAUGCAAGUGCCCAAAUUUACCUUUUCCAGUCUGUGGGACUGAUAACAAACAGUAUAAAAAUAUAUGCUUUGCUAAAUGUGCAAAAAAAAUGAUACGAAUGUGGGUUUUGCUGUUAAUAUGUAUCUGCCAUGUUUUCGAAUCCUCUCAGACGGAAGUUCCUGCUCCUUUAUCUUUAUGUCACUGUCAACCUCAAUACAUUCCUGUUUGCGGAGAUGAUGGCAAUACAUAUAAGAAUGGGUGCAGAGCUACAUGUGCUGGAGUAAACAUCAAAUGUAAAAAUAAAUGUCCCUGUCCUGAUGAUGGUUGUAACUGUCCAAAAACAUAUAGGCCUGUUUGCUGUUAUAAUGGCAAAACAUAUGAUAAUGAGUGCAAAGCUACGUGCGCUGGAGUAAAGGUUCAAUGCAAAAGUAAAUGUCCUUGUCCCGAUAAUGUUUGUAACUGCCCAAAAACAUAUAACCAGGUUUGCGGAAGUGAUGGCCAGACAUAUAGUAACAAAUGCAAAGCUAAAUGCGCUGGAGUAAAGGCUAAAUGCAAAGGUAAAUGUCCCUGUCCUGAUGGAGGUUGUCACUGCGCAUUAGUAUACAGUCCCGUUUGCGGAGUUGAUGGCAAAACAUACAGUAACGAUUGUGCGGCUAGAUGCUCUGGCAUACAGAUCAAAUGCCAAAAAAAAUGUCCUUGUACAGAUGUUUGCCCGUGCUCAAAAGAAUUAAGUCCUGUUUGCGGAGUUGAUGGUAAAACAUAUGAUAAUAAGUGUAUAGCUAAAUGCAAUGGCGUGAGAUUUAAAUGCAAACGAAAAUGUCCUUGUAACGCAUGUGCAUGUCCAUCUGUAUUGGCACCUGUGUGUGGUGAUUAUGGUCAAACGUAUAGCAGUGCAUGUGAAGCUGUGUGCGCUGGGGUAACUCCAAAAUGCAAAGGAAAUUGUCCCUGUAGCAAGUGUCACUGCAAUAAAAGAAAGCGUCCUGUUUGUGGAAGAGAUGGCACAACGUAUAUUAAUAGGUGUAAAGCUAGAUGUGCUCGAGUAAAAGUGAAGUGUUAUGGCACAUGUCCUUGUGGUGGCCAUGAUUGUAGUAGAUGCCCAUAUUGGAAGCGUCCAGUGUGUGGUGAUGAUGGUAAAACAUAUGCUAAUGCAUGUUUGGCUAGAUGCAAGUUGGUUAAAAAUCCAUGUAGCGAUUAUUCUGUUCGAAGAAGAGUUAGUGCAUACGUAUCAGAAUUUUCUGUUAAAGAUAGAAACGCUGCUCAGAUGUUACUUUAUAAAAAAAUAUCAAAUUUCAGUCAGAUAGAACGAUAUAACAAUAAAAAACAAUGA